AGGAGUUUCCAAGAUUUCCAGCGCAAAAAAAAAAAAAAACAUCGAGGAUUUCCAAACUUUCCUCACCAAAUUAAAAAAAAAAACUUUUCCUUUUUGGUGAAAUGAUUUGCACGCUUUCUUUUCACAGCUCGUAGUUUCGGAAACAUGUGGCUUCCUUGCAGAUGCGCAGCGAAGUACGUGGCUGCUUCCUUCAGUCGUGGCGUCUCGGCAUCUUUUCUUCAUGCUUUGCGUCGCAACAGGAGCAGCUGGAACGCGGCUGCCUUCAUGCCGGAGUCUUCGGGCUUCGAGGGCGUGUCUGGCCGCGAUGCCCUGCACGAUUACUCGGUGUCCCACAGCGAGAGCUUCUGGGCCGCCGUGGCCCGCCAGAGGCUGAGCUGGAUCCGACCCUUCGACGUUGUACAGGACUGCGAUCUGAGCCAAGGGAGGAUUAGUUGGUUUGAGGGAGGAAAGCUGAACGUCUCUGUGAACUGCCUGGACCGCCAUGUGCACACCUGUCCAGAGAGGGUGGCCCUCAUCUGGGAGAGGGAUGAGCAGGGGUCAGAGGUCAGGUACACAUACAAGGAGCUUCUGGAGAUGACUUGCCGCUUGGGGAACCUGCUAAGGCGGCAGGGCGUAAAGAAGGGGGACUGCGUCACCAUCUACAUGCCCACCUGCCCUCUGGCUGUGGCGUCCAUGCUGGCCUGUGCCCGGAUUGGGGCUGCCCACAACGUGGUGUUUGCAGGCUUUAGUGCAGAAGCCCUGGCAGAGCGAAUCAGAGAUGCUCAGUCCAGCACUGUCAUCACGGUGAACCAGGGAGUCCGUGGCGGGAAAAUCACAGAGCUAAAGAGGACGGUGGACGCUGCUGUGCGGAGCUGUCCAAGUGUCCAGCAAGUGUUUGUUGCCAUGAGAACGGAAAAACAAGUGGAAAUGACAGACAGGGACUUUGUCUUAGAGGAGGAGAUGCUGAAGGAGGACGUGGUGUGUGAGCCAGCUCCCAUGGACAGCGAGGACGUCUUGUUUCUGUUGUACACCUCAGGCAGCACAGGGAAGCCUAAAGGCCUGGUCCAUACUCAGGCUGGAUACCUGCUGUACGCUGCUUUCACACACAGGUACGUCUUCGGCUACCAUGACGGGGAUGUGUUUGGCUGUGUGGCGGAUAUAGGCUGGAUAACAGGUCACAGUUACACCGUAUAUGGGCCCCUGGCCAAUGGAGGGACCACUGUCCUUUUUGAAAGCACUCCAGUCUACCCUGACCCAGGGAGAUACUGGGAAAUGGUAGAAAGGCUGAGGAUCAACCAGUUCUACGGUGCUCCCACUGCAAUCCGCCUCCUAAUCAAAUAUGGAGACCAGUGGGUGAAGAAGUACGACCGCUCCUCCCUCACCACUCUUGGUUCUGUGGGAGAGCCGAUCAACACCGAGGCCUGGGAGUGGUACAACAGGGUGGUCGGGGAAGGACGGUGCCCUGUAGUGGAUACCUGGUGGCAAACUGAAACAGGGGGCAUCUGCAUCGCCCCAAAGCCCUCGGAACCAGAUGCAGAGAUCGUCCCUGGGAUGGCCAUGAGACCCUUCUUUGGCAUCAAGCCGGUGCUUAUGGACACUGAGGGCAAGGUACUGACUUCUAAUAACACCUCUGGAGCUCUGUGUAUGGCUCAGCCCUGGCCCGGCAUGGCAAGGACCAUUCAUAACAACCACCAGAGAUUCAUUGAGACCUACUUCCAACCUUAUCCAGGUUACUUCUUUACCGGUGAUGGAGCCUAUCGUUCAGAGAAGGGUUACUACCAGAUCACAGGGCGUCUCGAUGAUGUCAUUAAUGUCAGCGGCCACAGGAUUGGGACAGCAGAGAUAGAGGAUGUAGUGAAUCAGUGCCCUGCAGUGGCCGAAUCUGCCGUCAUAGGAUACUCUCAUAGCAUUAAAGGCCAAGGAGUUUAUGCAUUUGUGGUCCUGAAAAAGGGUGUAGACAUACAGGAGGCUGAUAUCUCCAAGCAACUGAACAACAUGGUGUCUGAAAAGAUUGCCAAAUAUGCUUGUCCUGAAUUUGUUCAGUUUGCUAAACGGCUGCCGAAGACACGUUCGGGGAAGAUUAUGCGCCGCGUUCUGCGAAAAGUAGUGGAGUGUGACCUGGACAGUUUGGGUGACCUGAGCACGCUGGACGACCCUGCAGCAGUCCAGGAGAUCAUCAAAGGCCAUGAAAAGCUCUUAAGUAAAUAAAAACCAUUGGAGCAGCUGUCUUAUAAGAAGGCUGCGAAGGAGAACUUGCACAUUAUUUCAUAUACACAGUAACACACGUGCCUUUAAAAAAACUAUUUUAAUGACCAAAUGUAUUACUUUAUUGAUAAAUGGGUUAUUUUUCAAUCAACAAUCCACUAAUCUUAUUUUUAAAACUGUGAAAUCUACAAUCUUUUAAUGAGUGUAA